CGGUGGUUUGUUUCUUGUCCGGGUGCGGAAGUGGAAGUGGGUGUUUGGGAAAUUGAAUUAAAAAAAGGAAUUUCGGUGAUUUAUUUAAGAAUAGAAUUAUUGGGUGGAAAGGAUUAGGAUGCGACGACACGACCAUGAAUGUUUCAGCAGAUUCUGCCGCCUCAAAUGACUCAACAUCUUCAACACCUGUAGAGACGAGGAGAGUCGCCUGAAGCCCACCAUCAUUAUUCAUUAUUCAUUGUCCUCCAACCGCUUCACCUUCCUUACCAUCUCUGUCAAGAAAAUUUCUCUGCUCUUUUUCUUUUUAAUCUUGCCCAUAAUAAUGAUAAUGAUAAUGUGAAUGAUCAUCAUCAUCGUUAGCAGCAUCUGCCGUUUGCUUCUUCCUCACAUCUGCUAGAAUAUUCUUGGUCCCUUAAUUUUCUUUUCCUGGUUUAAUUUCCCCCACGUCUUGAGCCAGAAGAUUCCUGCAUUUGCAUUGAGGAAUCUGUGGGCCUCUUUUGCUUUUGGGUCAGUCAUAUACUCUUUAUUUUGCAGAUACCCAAUUCGUCCCUGAGACAGAGAGAGGCAUUAAACUUUGAGGAUCUGGAAUCUUAGCCUUAAUAUUUUUUUCCUAGCUUUGCCUCUGCGUUGAUCAACUUUUGGAUUUUUCUUCACCUUGUGCAUCAUCAGAAUCUACCAAGCUUUGUCUUUGGUUUGUUUUGCCCCUUCGCGCUUUCUUAUUUGCCUGGCUUGCUAGCAAUAGUUGGUAUACAUGUUCUCUGCUUUUCCCCUUUCCUUUGCCUCCAUCAACCUACCCCUGCUUUGCUUUAGCCCUUUAAUUUUGCUUUUCCUGUCAGAGCUUUAUUUCUGGCAAGCUCUUGGAUCAUAUCUCUCUGGAUAGGAUGCAUUAAUGGAUGAGGAGGCAGUGUAAGAGAGUUGGCGAGUGAUCUGUUGAACAGGGGAGGGAAGGACUCACAGAUAUUGGUUAUCUUGUGCGAUUUCUUCAAGCCCAUAUUAGAAAUUACCGCCGGGGUGCUUUGUAAUAAGGGCUGGAAGAAGGUGGUCUUUCUGCAUGACCGAUCUGUGUAAAACAAUGGGAUCACCGGCAGAGCUGACACUGGACUGCAGGCCUUCUCCUGGUAAAUACUCCAGCGCGUUGAAGGCAAUUUCCCUUGUAAGCGAUCAGUUUGAAAGAGUGAGACAGCUCGAUGAUUAUCUCAAGGGACUAGAGGAGGAAAGAAAGAAAAUUGAGGCUUUCAAAAGAGAACUUCCUUUCUGUAUGCAUCUUCUUAAUGAUGCAAUUGCUGCCUCCAAGGAACAGUUAGCAGAUUGCCAAAUACAUGUACAGGCAUCGACACCGACAAAUCAAAUGGUUUUCUCCUAUGAGGAGCAGCAGUACAUGCCUGCUUCUAGUGACAGCAGGCCAGUGCUAGAGGAGUUCAUACCUCUCAAGAAACCGUGCGAUGAGUCUGGAGAGGAAUCAGAGGUGAAUCACAGCCAUCAUGAUUCAAAGAGAACAAAAUUUGACAAUGGUGAAAAACCCAACUGGAUGAGUUCUGCUCAGCUGUGGAGUCAGAAUUCUGAAUCUGAAGAAUGCAAGGAAGAGCAAAGGGUCUCUCCACAAGAAAAACCAUUGAAGCCGCACGAUUCUCAUUCUGGCCGAUCUGGUCAAGAGCAAGUUUUCGCAUCAAACUCUAAGCUAUUUCCUGAUUCUAAGCAAAGAACUGGAGGAGCAUUCCUCCCAUUUUCAAGAGAGAGACAAAGCAAUCCAGCUGUCUCUGUAAGAUCGGAUGCAGGCAAAACCCUACCAGACCUUGCCUUGUCAUCAGGAGAGCAGGAGGUAGGUUCCUCCCUUAGAUGCAAUGAAAUGGCCAAGUUGAACAAUGCCACCACCACCACAUUCAGGAGUAGUAAAUCCAAGGAACCAACAGAGACCGCUACGCCUGUGAUCUCCAAGGAAGGGUCAGCAAAACCUAAUGUGGGUGGUUGCUCUCCUGCUCCAACUACAUCCAAUGGAGCUCAAUCUGGCGGUCAAUCUCAGAGAAAAGCUAGAAGGUGCUGGUCACCAGAACUGCAUAGGCGCUUUGUCAGUGCUCUUCAACAGCUAGGUGGCUCACAAGUAGCAACACCAAAGCAAAUCAGAGAGCUGAUGAAGGUGGAUGGGCUUACCAAUGACGAAGUCAAAAGUCAUUUACAGAAAUACCGUUUGCACACUAGAAGGCCAAGUCCUUCUCCUCAGACGUCUGCUUCUCAAGCCCCACAGUUGGUGGUUCUUGGAGGAAUUUGGGUGCCUCCUGAUUAUGCAGCAGCAGCAGCCCAUCAAGCUCCAGGACUUUACAGUCCCCUUUCAAAUACUACCACUUCUCAUUCCCAAUCACACUAUUGCCAAUCGCCAAUGCCCCAAGAAUAUUAUUCCCAGGCAAAUCAAUCUUCUCAACUACAGCGUUCACAGCUUACCUAUUGUGAACAGCAUCACACUCCUUCACAGUCUUUAAGCUCACCUCAAGGGCCUUUACAGUUGACAGGACAGUCUUCUGGUGCUAGGGGGACCUCUGCAGAUGGUGGCAGAGAGGAAAGUGUAGGAGAUGGAAAAUCAGAGAGUUCCAGUUGGAAAGGUGAAGAAAAUGGCCAGAAUGGAGAGGCGACUAAUAUGGGCAGUUCUCUGUCACUGAGAAAACCUCUACAGUCUGUAGAUGGAGAUGAUGAAGAUAGCAGAGGCAGUGAAACUGCUCUGAAGUUUUAGUUGAUUGUGCAGGAUUUUUGGCUGGAUGAGUGAUACGGGAGGUGACUUUUAUGCUCUAAUUAGUUUGUGUUUAAAGUGAAAGACGAUUCUGUGCUAACUACCAUUUUGACAGUUUUAUGCAAAUUAAACUUCUGAAAUACAUAAAAAUGACUAGGCCACAUUUUUGAGAAGUGGUUUCACUUUCCACUUCUGUUACCCUUAUCAAUGACAGUCUCAACGGAGUGAUAUCUUUUGUAUAAAGUUGCGGACAGCAUCAUCAACUUACUGGUCAUAUGGCCAACAGAACCUGGCAGUGUCUGAAAAAUCUAGCAGCACAAGUAAUGAAACGGCAGGAUUUGUUGCGGCGAAGAGUCUAAUCCAAAAACUUCAGAGUUGCAGUAGACACAACAGUUUAAUACACUAAUGAACCAGUUUAGACCAGCAAAGCAUGUUGAGACUCUGACUGCGUGUGCAGGAUUACUGACAAAUAUGAUUCAUUUUCAUAAUUUUCAAUCGGUAGAUGUAUCUUUUAUACAGUUUUGUUGAGUGAGUUGAGUUUUUUGGUUGGAGGUAGUAAUUCAAUGUUUAUAGACAAUGUCUUCAGUUUUUUGGUUCCACAUCUCAGUGAUAUAAAAACACAGUUUUUCUCUCUA